GCUGACAGUGAGCGCCAGACAGUCUCAAGCUUCACAUGCAGUUUUCAAUCAGUGUGCAGAGUGGAACCCUUUUUAGGACUCACAUGUCACAUGUGCACCAUUCUCUUGCUUGUUUUUAUUUUUAUUCUAACUGAGAUGUUGCAAUGUUCCGUGCCGCCUUACAAAACGUGGAUUUGUGUUGGGUUAUUUUAUUCUACUUAUUUUUUACACUUGGCUGUAGAUCAGCAAAUGCAGACAGCUGUCAUGAGGUGAAGACAGCAUACAUGAUGCGUCAGAUUGGCCAGGUGGAUCUCGUGCCAGACAGUCCCCAAACAGAUGACUCUCUUCGAGUGUGUGUCCACUCUGGGCCAGGGUGCUGCACCAGUAAGAUGGAGGACAGUUACAUGGCUGCGGUUCGUAGCGAGACUCAGCAGAAGAUGCGAUCCUUCAGCUUUGAGCUCAAGUACCUUAUUGCUGGACACAGCAAAGCCUACCAAGACACCUUUGAGUCACUCGUGUCCUUCACAUCUAAUUUGACCAGCUCCUUGUUUGAUAGUGCCUACGCCAGCCUCGCAACAGACUGUCGGCCACAUGUUCUUCAGCUUUUCAAUGACCUUAAUCGUCAUCUUUCGGGGAACCCUAAUUCCUCAUUGGAAUACGCAGUUGGGAAUUUCUUCAACGAGCUCUUCCCACUGGUCUACCGUCGACUUCUUAACCCUGGUUUUGGCCAAACGUCAUCCUGGUCUUUUUCCUCCUCAGCCAGUUAUGAAGCAUGCUUGCAGAUGACACGGCAGGAUAUAAAUCCAUUUGGACCACAUCCCCAACUCCUGGUUUCCAGUCUUUCUCGUGCACUUGGAGUAGGACGAACAUUGAGUCAAUUGCUAAGAUUGGCCGGGGAUGUUGUAGAUGCAACGGAAAAGGCAACAUUAUCCAGAGAGUGUGGACGUGGCUUAGUAAGGAUGCAGUAUUGCUCCCAUUGUAGGGGUCUAACAUUAAUCAGGCCCUGUACCGGACUCUGUGUUAAUGUUAUGAGAGGAUGCCUGGUGGGGAUAUCAGAGCUUGCUGCACCCUGGAGAAGUUUAGUCGUAUUGCUCCAACGUUUAGCUGCUAUGUUAGCAACCAGCAGCAACCACAACAGCAUGGAGCUCGCACUGUUGGCGGUCCGAAAUCAUGUGAAUGAUGCCAUCCUGCACGCCCAGCUGCACGGUCCACGCAUCACUGCUAUUGUAGAGAAGGUGUGUGGUUUACAGUUAGUUGGUUCUGCGAUGAUAAGUGGACAUCCUAGUAGCUCACAUGUUACAACACCUACUGCCCGGAUGACACAAAGAACCUCAAAGAGGGUGUCCAUGACUUCCCUCUCAACGGACUCUGGUGCUUUUCCAAGUCUUCAGCUACAGUCACAGAGGUCAUUUCCCCUCAAAGGAUCCAGAGGUGACAAGAGCCGUAGUCUUAAAAAAUUAUCAAGGGAGUUUGAGGGCUCCAUUCAACGAUACCAGUUGUUUUUCUCAGAGUUACCCGAGAUGCUUUGUGAAAGUGAGAUGGAGGUUGAGCAGCACACCUGCUGGAGUGGUCAAGACGUUGUAGAGAGUUAUGGAAGUCGUGUGGUUGGCAGCACUUUAAAAGCCCAAAGGGACAACCCGGAAAUUACCGUCCGGAACACAGAUCCUGUCCUAAGAGCAGCAAAACAAAGAUUGGAACAGUUAACAAAGGAACUUUUAGUGGAACUUGGCUGGGUGAGCGAAGCCACAAGAAAGAGUGUGGAAGAGGAGGGAGGAAGUGCAGAAACAAACAUGGGAAGUGGGGACGAAUGUGAUGACGAAGACGGCUGUGAAGCAUCUGGUGAGGUGAACGAUGAUUUAUCCAGUGGUCACAGUCCAGUGACGGAGGAUAGGGCUCCCCCUCCUCGCAACCGUCUUCCUCCUCACCUCAACUCUUCUCCACUGGAGCCUGUCACAGGUUCAGCCAGCAUGUCGACUCUUGAACUGCUACAUUUGAGCCUGGCGAUGUUCCUUUUGCUGCUGCUGGCAUCCCCGUUGAGUUUUGAGUGACAGGAUCGGGGGCUGACAAACAAUCGCACUCCGUGUGUGUGGUUGCUUAGUAUUUGCAAUGUUUUUGAGCACAGUUCGGCCACUCACUGUUUCUUUGUGGGCGACAACGAUAAUUGAUGAUAAUGAUGGUGAUGAUUGUUGAAAUUUUGAUUCAUGUGAGCAUUUUACCUGCUCUGACCUCUGUGUGUGCUCACUUGUAUUUACCUUUCAUAGCAUAGAUGGCAUCACACCACAUUUUUUAAGAGGUGUAAAUACAAAUAUUAUAUUAUAUAUUUAUAUAAAGAGUUUAUGUAGAUGGCUUUUUGUGUAUAUAGUCCUUAAUAUAGAAGUCAUCAGACUGAUUUGUGGAUUUUUAAUUGCACAUUUUUUUAAUACAUUGACAUGAUUAAUACCAGCCGUAGGCACAGUGCUAUGUAGUGCAGUUAACAUUAGUUUAUGAAUCCUGAGAGGACAGAGAUACAAGCAUUCUAUGUAAAUAUGUAUUACAAAACAGGCAAAAAAAAAGCCAUUUAUUUGCACUUUUGCCUAGCAGUUUAAAUCGACAGUAUGCCUUUCUGGGGAAUUCCAAAAAACUGCUCCUUAGUACUUCAUUAAAAAUACUCUAAAAUACUCUAUUAAGUUUCACGUUUCUUGUCAUGCACAAGAAAAUACCAUUAAUAUUUUCCUCUCGGUUUACAUAACCCUCUAGGGCAGACAUGACCAAAGUCUGGCCCGGGGGCCAAAUGCGGCCCGUGGUCAAAUUUCAUCCGGCCCCCAGGCUCCGUCAUAAAAACAGUAACGUCUGGCCCGCACACAGACUUAAUAAAUUGGUCAUCAGUACUGCUACCAGCGUAUGAAGUAGCUUACACACUAAAUGCUGCUCCUCAUUUACACACUAAAAGGCAGCAGCACUCCAAGCAACAUUACCUCGUGUGGCCCUUCACUCCCAUUUUUCUAAAAUGGUGACAAUCAACAACAAAAAAAAAUUGACUGCGACAGCCGACGCAUCAAGGAUAGGUGGAAAAUGGAUUAUUUCUUCACUAAAAUACGCAACAACUGUGUCUGCCUCAUUUGCAAAGAGACAGUCGCUGUUUUUAAAGAGUUCAAUGUAAGGCAGUAUUACUAAACAAGACACGCUGACAUGUACGGUAAGAUUACAGGGUAGAUACGUUGCGAGAAAUUGAAGCAACUUGAAGCUAGUGUAAUUUCACAGCAGCAGUAUUUCGCAAGAGCCCGAGAGUCGAAAGAGAGCACCACAAAGGCUAGUUGCAAAAUUGUUGAAAUUAUUAAUUAAAAAAAAAAAAAAAAAAAGUAGUGCUGCAACGAUUAAUCGAUUAGUAUUCGAUUAGAAAAAAAUAUUCUAACUAAAUUUUGUUGCUUCGAGUAUUCGUUUAAUUGAAGUGGCAUUGUAAUGAUUGAUUUUAAAAGUGUUUAUUGUAUUUAAUUUUCCUGAUGAGGGUGGAUACAAUGCCCUCUAGUCUGCCUCUUUUCACAUGCCUGAAUCCAACCGCUCCCUGUUAAGACCAACAUAACCUAAGUUUUUGUUUGAGCGAAUGUUUUUUUUUUUUUUUUUUAAACGAAUUCUUAAUUUAUAGGUAUAUUUAGUCAUUUUUUGUGGGAAUAUGUGUCUGAAACACUUGUUAAGAACAUUGUAAAAAAAAAAAAACAACAUUUUAUAGUUUUUAGGCGAGCAGACUUUUUCUAUCCAAGUUAGCCAAUUGUUCUUUUGUUGUACACAGAUCAUUUUAAAAAAAUUAUAUCGUUUGAGGCUCAGCUCAGGUGUUUUAAUUUUUCAUGUUCCUUAUCCGAUUACUCGAUUAUUCGAACAAACUAGUCCAUCGAUUAAUCAACUACUAAAAUAUUCGAUAGCUGCAGCCCUAUAAUAAAGCAAAUGUGACACACAGAACGGCUUGCUAAAAUUUGCAUAAAAAUAUUGUUCUACGUAAAGGACGUCAGCCAAGGUUGGCCCCCCACAUUUUCACCACACCAAAUCUGGCCCCCUUUGCAAAAGGUUUGGACACCCCUGCUCUGGGAUAACAUCCCCUCUUCAUCAAGAAAUGAAAAAUAAGCAUACUGAGAAAAGAAGAAUGUGCAAAUAGAAGAAAGGACAUUAAUACACUUAUUACUUAUUGAUAACCAUUCAUGGAGCCAUCUGUCCGACAAAUGUGCCUUAAUCUCAGCCCUGUUUCCCUGAUUUCAAUGGCUGGCUUGUUUCCAAAAUGAAUUAAUAAAGAACCGUUGAGAGAUUAUAUUUGCCGUCUAAUACAAUAGAGCUUUUCCCAAAUUUGAUCAAAUUUAUGUGCUUGUCCUAGUUUUCCAAAAUACAAUAGAACAUGAUUGAAGUCACACGGAAACCCUGAUAAUAUACAGAGAAUGUAAUCCACAUUAAUUAGGAUUAUCCCAGCCUGGCAGCUCUUUGCUGAGUUUCCAGCCCCUCCCCAGACUGUGCCCAGCAUCAAUGUAGACAAGUGGAAUACUGAUGAAUAUAUUCAAAAGGCUGCAAGUUAACCGGCUAAAGGACACUUUGCAUAUCUGUCAGUAGGUGACUGACUUGCUGCUUAAAGGAACCACACUGUUCUGCAUCUAUUAAUGUCCUGGGGUUUCACUAACAUGAUGUUGAAACAAAAAAAAAAAAACAAACAAAAAAAAACAACGAAAUACCAAUUCUGCUCCUAAAGAUUUGUUGGCCUGAAAAUCCACCUGCUAAGAUGCUAAAGAACAAAAUAAAAUAACAUGUCUAAUCUAUACAAUUUCAUCACACAAUAGUCAAUUAAAACUAUUUAAGAAAAAAAAAAUGGGUGAGGAGGGUCUUGGUUUGCCACAUAUCCAGGCCCUUCAUGGAUAAAACACUUCACAAACACUCAUCUGGACACAACACUCUAUGUUAAACUUUUGUUGCUUUUGUUUGUUUCUGAUGUUCUUGUCAUCUUGCUGGUGAUGUAAAACACAAAUGACAGAACAUGCAUAGUAAAUACAAGCAAACAACACCUACCGCAGGUAUUGACAUGACUGGUCUCUCAUUCCAUAAAUGCAAUAAAUACAUUACUUUGUCUGUCAUUUAAUAUCAAUGUAAUGUUCUUCAUUAAUAAACUUUUUUUCAAAGAAACAAUU